CAUACCGUUUGCUUGGUUCACAACUCAAAUUCUUCUUAACUAAGUUUGGUUUGGGAGAGUAAUGCCAUCUUUGUACCACAGCUUCAGUAAGGAGGCAUUCUAUUUCUACUUAUUUAUGUAGGAACCCAUCCGCACCCGACGUAAUUAAACCGCAAUUUCCCGAAACUUAGCUCGACUGACAAUCCAGCCCCUCAACUUUCAGCAAAUCAUAUAAAUAACCCAUCAAUCAAUCAAAUGAUGAGGAAGAUCAAACGAAGAGUCAAAACCGUUAUUACGAAGCCUUUCAACAAGAAAAAGCCACCGAAAAAGCCGCCACCGCCUCCUCCCUCCCCCUCCCCGUCGCCUCCGCCCAUGCCUCCUCCGCCCUCCCCCGCGGCCUCCCGCCCCUUCAUCUUCCCCAAAACCCAAUCCCCCGUCCUCCCCGACCCCUCCCCAUUCUUCGCCCCCCACCUCCUCGCCGCCCCCCUCCCCACCAAUUCCUUCUUCCAGAACUUCACCCUCAAAAAUGGCGAUCAGCCUGAAUACAUCCAUCCCUACCUCAUCAAAUCUUCGCAAUCCUCUCUCACAAUCUGCUACCCCUCUCUAUUCAAAAAUCCCGCCUUCAUCUACCAAGUAUUCAUCGCCGAUUUAACAGUUUCCACGCUCAACAACCCAAACCCUAACUCCACUCAUGUCAUCUCCUCUUUCUCCGAUCUCAGCGUCACUCUCGAUUUCCCCUCCAACAAUCUGAGAUUCUUCCUCGCUCGAGGUAGUCCGUAUUUGACCUGCACCGUGGUGACACCAGUUUCCCUCUCGAUUUCCACCAUUCACGCCGUUCUCGAGCUCACUCCCAACAGCUCAUGCACUAGAUACAAAAUUAGGUUGAACAACAAUCAGACGUGGCUUCUCUACACCUCGUCGCCGAUUAAUCUGAACCACGACAUCAGUACGAUCACUUCUACUGUGUUCUCCGGCGUGAUUCGGAUUGCGGCAUUGCCGGUAGAUUCGCCCAAAAUUGAGUCGACUCUGGAUCAAUUCAGCUCCUGCUACGCCGUGAGGGGCGAUGCCGUUUUCACAAAGCCCUUCUCUUUGGAUUACAGAUGGGAGAAGAGAGGAUGGGGGGAUUUAUUGAUGCUAGCGCAUCCUCUCCAUCUCAGGCUUCUCUCGGAUACCGAUUGCUCUGUUUCUGUGCUAGAAGAUUUCAAAUACGACAGCAUCGAUGGGGAGCUCGUUGGUGUAGUUGGUGAUUCUUGGAGUUUGAAAACCGAUCCUGUAUCAGUAACUUGGCAUUCGAUCAAAGGAGUUGAGGAGAGCUCGUGCUCUGCAAUCAUCGAAGCUCUUAUCAAUGAUGUGCAGGCAUUGGAUGCUGGUGCAGUGACGACGCCCUCGUCUUACUUCUACGGGAAAUUAGUGGCUAGAGCGGCAAGGCUAGCAUUGAUAGCUGAAGAAGUGUCCUACACCGAUGUGAUACCGGCAAUCAAACAGUUCUUGAAGCAGACAAUCGAGCCGUGGCUAGAGGGGACCUUCGGGCCUAAUGGAUUCCUCUACGAUGCAAAAUGGGGAGGCAUUGUGACAAAGCAAGGGUCGUUGGAUUCGGGUGCUGAUUUCGGUUUUGGAGUGUACAAUGAUCACCAUUAUCAUCUUGGAUACUUUGUGUAUGGGAUUGCUGUGUUGGCCAAGAUUGACUCUGCUUGGGGGAGGAAGUACAGGGCGCAGGCUUACGCGUUGAUGGCGGAUUACAUGAACAUGAGCAGGCGGGAGAACUCAAACUACACACGGUUGAGAUGCUUCGAUCUGUGGAAGCUGCAUUCUUGGGCAGGAGGGCUGACAGAGUUUGCAGACGGGCGCAAUCAAGAGAGCACGAGCGAGGCUGUGAAUGCAUACUACUCCACAGCUCUGAUGGGGCUGGCGUAUGGGGAUAGCCACCUCGUUUGGAUUGGUUCGACUAUAUCAGCUUUGGAGAUUCUUGCUGCAGAGACAUGGUGGCAUGUGAAGGAGGAUGGGAAGAGUUUGUAUCCAGCUGAGUUUGCUAGAGAUAAUAGAGUUGUUGGAGUGUUGUGGGCUAGUAAAAGGGAUAGUGGGCUGUGGUUUGCUCCUGCCGAGUGGAAGGAGUGUAGGCUGGGGAUUCAGCUGCUGCCUUUGCUCCCAAUUAGUGAGGCACUUUUCUCCGAUGCUGGUUUCGUGAGGAAGCUCGUGGAGUGGACAAUGCCAGCGUUGGCAAGGGAUGGGGUGGGAGAGGGGUGGAAGGGGUUCGUGUAUGCGUUGCAAGGGAUGUACGACAAGGGAGGCGCGGUGGCGAAUGUUAGGAGCUUGAAGGGGUAUGAUGAUGGGAAUUCUCUUACCAAUCUGCUGUGGUGGAUCCAUAGCAGGGACCAGCAGCCAGAUGAGUGUGACAGGUUGUGUUGGUUUCGACAUUAUAGUCAUUGAGAGUUUAUGAUCUAUGUUGAGGAUCAAACAUUCAUGGUUGAAAAAAUGGUGUCUUUGGCUUGAUUCCUCCAUGUUGCAUUGGAUGUUUGUAACAGUUGUUGAAUGAGAAUGGUGCCUUUAUUAAAGGAAUAGAGUGUUGAUAGUUAUAGCCUGUGGUUAUAAUGGGCUUGUGUUUAUCAAGAAAAUGUUUAUUUUGAGAAUUUAAAAACGCGUUUGUAAUU